AUGAAGGUAAAGGAAACGACUCCAUGCGAAUACGUUGACUUGACUCAACGCCACAUCGAACCACUUCUCCUCCGCUAUGCCUCUCAUCACAACUUCAAACAUCGCUUCUCGACAGAACUUACAAAGGUAGAGCGUAUCAGUGACGAUCUUGGUAUAGGACACCUCUGUGCUGUUGAAGAUCACAUAACAAACCAGCACUUCAACAUCCGCACCAAAUAUCUUUUCGGGGCAGAUGGGGGGCGAAGCCAGAUAGCUCGUUCCUUCAAUUUCAACUUCUCGAUCACUCCAGGGGGCCCCAAGGCUUGCAAUGUUCUAAUUCGCGCAGAACUCGGUCAUCUCUUGAAGGAGAAGCAGUACGCUGGCCUCCAUUGGAUGAUCAAGCCCGACCGCAAGACCUUCCCUGGAGUCGUUGCUCACCUGCGCAUGGUUCGGCCAUGGAACGAAUGGGUCAUGGUUGCUUUUGGACCUGGCGGCACGAAUCCAUUCGAAGGACUUACUACAGAGAGCCCUGAGCUUGUUGAUUGUUUCCGAGAGCUUGUCGGAGACGAGAACAUCGAUGUCAAGGUCCUGCAGAUUGACCCUUGGACCGUCCGCGAAGCUGUUGCAAACGAAUACUCAAACAGCGAAAAGAACGUCUUCCUGUUGGGUGACGCAGCUCACCGUCACCCUCCCACAUUUGGCUUGGGGAGCAACACUUGCAUUCAAGAUGCGUACAACCUAGCAUGGAAAGUUGCGUAUGUCGCAAAGGGCUUAGCUGGCCCCGAUCUCUUGGAGUCGUAUAGCACGGAGCGGCAACCGGUCGGCGCAAAGCUCGUGCGCGAGUCCAACAACCAAAUACGCGCCAAUUCCCAAAUAUGGGAGGCGCUGGGAAUGACCGCUUCGCCCGAAGAAGGAGUUAAGCAGCUGGAAGAGUUGACGCAGGCGACCGCUGCAGGCUCAGCUCGUCGAGCGCGGCUCCAAGAGGCUUUAGAGCAAAAGAGGCAGGAGUUAGAAAGCCUCGGAAUGGCCUACAAUCAGUGGUAUAUCUCGGAUGCUGUAUACUUGGACGACGAGGACAGCCCCAGGCCUACCUUGGAGGGCGACCCCAUCGUGGAGGCUCAGAUCAGCACAUAUCCCGGCAGUCGACUACCUCAUGUCUGGCUCGAUGGUGCGUCGCGCCAUACAUUGGAAUCAACACUUGAUCUCGCUGGGAAAGGCUCCUUUUGCUUGCUGGUUGGAGUUGGUGGGCAAGCUUGGAGGGUUGCGGCGGAAAACAUUGGUAAAGCCACGGGCAUUCCAGUGGUCAGCUAUGGCAUCGGGCAUGGCUUAGAAUAUACUGAUAUCCGCCGCGACUGGCAUCGGAAGAGUGGAGUGGGAGAGACCGGGUGUGUUUUGGUUCGGCCUGAUAGAUUCGUCGCUUGGAGGUCUGUUGAACAGCCCAACGACUGUGAGAAAAAGCUAAGGCAGGUACUCGAUAAGAUCUUGUCCAAGUCAAACCUGUAG